CUGGAAUGUCCAGCUGUUGUUCUUUGCACACAAACACACACACAGAGACACACCGGUGAGCGCUACGACGGGUCCCAGACUACUCCCUCAACUACCGACUUCACCCCCCCAAACCCGUCGCCCCUGGCUCUCUUCUCCGCUGUUGGCCAGACGGACCGCAGACCGCCGCACACCUCGGUCCUUUCAGCAGGACCACCAACACCACAGACAUCAUGGAGGCCAUCGCCAUAUUUGACGCACCAGGAAAAGGCCGGGGACUCAAGGCCACCAAGGAGAUGUGGGCCGGCGACGUGGUGUUCUCAGAGGCCGGCCUCGCUGCCGUUGUAUUCGACAGUAUGGCGGAACGCAUAUGUCACAGCUGUUUCCGCAGCCAGCCCAAGCUUCAGCGGUGUGGUCAGUGCAGAUUUGCGCACUACUGCGACCGCACAUGCCAGCGCGCCGGCUGGGCAGAACACAAGGACGAAUGCGGUGCCAUCAAGACCUUCGGCAAAGCCCCAAAUGAAAGCGUUCGGUUGACCGCGCGGAUCGUAUGGCGCCUGGACAAGGAGGGGAGCCUGGUGACCGACACACAGAUGACCACCGUGGAAGACCUGGAGGACCACAUCUUCGGCAUGCCCGACGACGAUCUCCAGGAGAUCAAAGUGGACAUCCACAACUUCCUGGACUACUGGCCGCGCAACAGCAAGCAGCACAGAGUCGACGACCUCUCACAUAUCUUUGGGGUGGUCAACUGCAACGGCUUCACAGUGAGCGAUCAGAAGGGGCUUCAGGCGGUUGGGGUGGGCCUUCCCAACCUAUGUCUGGUGAACCACGACUGCUGGCCCAACUGCACAGUGAUUCUCAACCACGGCAAUCAAUCGGCUGUGAAUACUAUGUUUCACUCUCAACCGAGGAUCGAGCUGCGUGCCUUGGGUAAGAUCUCCGAGGGAGAGGAGCUGACGGUGUCCUACGUGGACUACCUGAACGUGUCAGAGGACAGACAGAAACUGCUGAAAGCGCAGUACUUCUUUGACUGCACAUGUGACCACUGCAAGAACCACACCAAAGAUGACGUGAAGAUGGCGGGCAAGGAGGUGGAUGGCGUCAAGGUACCUGAAGAGCAGGUGAAGGAAGCAACAGAUUAUUGCCGUGUGACUCUGGAGAAGAUUAACAAGUCUCGUUUGAGUGGCGACUAUCAUGAGGUGGUCGUCAUGUGCAGAGACUGCAUGAAAAGAGCAGAACCAGUGCUGGCCGAAACACACAUCUACCUUCUGAAGCUAUGGAGCACACUGAGCGAGGUGCAGGCCUAUCUGCAGUUUGUUGAUGAUGCAGCAGACCUCUCCCGCAAAGUGGUUGAGGGCUACAACAAAAUCUACCACCCAAACAACGCUGCCCUGGGCUUGGCUACCAUGAGAUCUGGAGUCUCACACUGGCAGGCAGGGUUAAUAGACGUUGGCCACGGGAUGAUCUGCAAGGCCUAUGCAAUUCUCAUGGUCACCCAUGGACCUACUCACCCCAUCACUCAGGACCUAGAGGCAAUGCGCAUGCAGACAGAGAUGGAGUUCAGGAUGUUCACGCAGAACGAGUACGUCUACCAUAGCAUGAGAGAAGCAGCAUUGAAGAACCGACCCAUGACCAUGAUGAACGAACCCGUUUCUGUACAGGACGGAAUCAAGAACCUCUUCCACAGGAGGAAGUGAACAUUGCAGUCCAUACAAACCCCUUUUGUUGAACUAACGCUUGCUUUUGUAGCCCACACUAUACCCAAAUAGAUAAUAAAACUUCACCAAGUUCCGUUUGCUUAUUUUUUUUUUAUUAGGAAAGAAAUUAUACACGUUUGCUAAUCCUCUUGUAAACAAUGCCACCAAGAGUCAUGGUCUGAAAUGGAGAAGAAAAUAAAAGUUAACACACUGUCUAUGUGCACCAUUAGUAGGCCUAUGAGAAAAUCAGGACCAUUGUUCCUACUUACAUUAACAAUAGUGUUGGCAUCAACCAAUUCUGUGACAGACUCGAUUCCCUUGAGGGAGACCUUCAGCUUGUUUCCUUCACGCUUGACCACAGCCUGAAAGAAAGGAAAUUCAAGUUUGGUAUUGCAGCAAUACACAUGACAAAGUAAAAAAAACAAACCAAAAAAAUAUUUGGCCAAUUGUGUACAAGCUAGACAGCAGAUACUCUGGUAGGAAGCAGACAGUAGUCUACCUUAAUCUUCUCGCCGGUGACGGUUUCAAGGUCAGCUUCCUGUCCGACGAUGAAAGUGUUGACGAGGACCUUAGUGCCGGUGGUGACUGUCACUUUGAAAUUGUCGCCAUUUUCUUCAAUUUCAGAAAGACUCUUGAUGUCCUUGCCUUUCUGGAUGAGCUCAUCAGGGAGACCUAGUCACAAGAGACCACAACCAAAUCAGGAUAAACACCAAAACAAAGUGGUCACUAAAGGAGUACCUGUGACCUAGUGUAGCAACAAAUAAUAA